GAGGUUCUUCCUUUCUCAGCCAGCACCGUGGUAGCGGCUGUGUGCGUGCUUUGGAUGGACUGGUGAAUUUUAUUAAAAUUCAUUGAAGUCAGCCCAUUUUGAGUUUCACUAAAGCGCCACAGAGAUGCCGGCGUAUUUCCAGCGGCCCGAGAAUGCUCUUAAACGAGCGAACGAGUUUCUUGAGGUUGGCAAGAAGCAGCCGGCCUUGGAUGUUUUGUACGAUGUCAUCAAGAGCAAGAAGCAUCGAACAUGGCAGAAAAUCCACGAGCCCAUUAUGCUCAAGUACCUGGAGCUCUGCGUGGAUCUCCGCAAGAGCCACCUGGCCAAGGAGGGUCUGUACCAGUACAAGAACAUCUGUCAACAGGUGAAUAUAAAAUCUUUGGAAGAUGUGGUCAGGGCUUACCUGAAGCUGGCAGAGGAGAAGACUGAAACUGCAAAAGAAGAGUCCCAGCAGAUGGUCCUGGACAUUGAGGAUCUGGACAACAUCCAGACUCCUGAAAGUGUACUUCUGAGUGCGGUGAGUGGGGAGGACACUCAGGAUCGAACAGAUCGCCUGCUGCUCACUCCCUGGGUGAAGUUUCUGUGGGAGUCCUACCGCCAAUGCCUGGACCUGCUGCGUAACAACUCCAAGGUGGAACGCCUGUACCAUGACAUUGCCCAGCAAGCAUUCAAGUUUUGCCUUCAGUACACCCGCAAAGCUGAGUUUCGCAAGCUGUGUGAUAACUUGCGUAUGCAUCUGGGUCAGAUCCAGCGCCACCACAACCAGAGCACCGCUAUCAAUUUGAACAACCCUGAAAGCCAGUCCAUGCACCUGGAAACACGUCUGGUGCAGCUGGACAGUGCUAUAAGCAUGGAGCUCUGGCAGGAAGCAUUCAAGGCUGUUGAGGACAUCCAUGGCCUGUUUGCACUUUCCAAGAAGCCCCCCAAACCUCAGCUGAUGGCCAAUUAUUACAACAAGGUGUCUACUGUGUUCUGGAAAUCUGGAAAUGCGCUCUUUCAUGCCUGCACCCUGCACCGACUCUAUCAUCUCUCCAGGGAGAUGCGUAAGAACUUGACUCCAGAUGAGAUGCAAAGAAUGUCGACCAGAGUCCUGUUGGCAACGCUGUCCAUCCCCAUUACCCCAGAGCGCACUGAUAUUGCCCGACUGCUGGACAUGGAUGGCAUUAUAGUGGAAAAGCAUCGCAGACUUGCCACUCUGCUUGGUCUGCAGUCUCCACCAACCCGCCAAAGUCUGAUCAAUGACAUGGUAAGAUUCAAUUUGCUGCAGUAUGUUGUACCUGAAGUUAAAGAACUGUACAACUGGCUCGAAGUGGACUUUCAUCCGCUGAAGCUCAGCGGAAGAGUAACCAAGGUGCUGAACUGGGUCAGAGACCAGGCUGAGAAGGAGGCUGAUUUGCAGCAGUAUGUUCCUCACCUGCAAAACAAUACAAUCCUAAGACUCUUGCAGCAGGUGGCACAAAUCUAUCAAAGCAUUGAGUUUAGCCGUUUGGCCUCUUUGGUUCCUUUUGUGGAUGCCUUCCAACUUGAGCGCGCCAUUGUGGAUGCUGCCCGUCACUGUGAUCUACAGGUCCGUAUAGACCACACCUCUCGAACUUUGAGUUUUGGUUCUGACCUGAACUACUCAACCAAAGAGGAUUCUCCUGUUGGACCUUUCCUACAAAACAUGCCAUCAGAGCAGAUCAGGAACCAGCUUACUGCUAUGUCUGCUUCUUUGGCCAAGGCCAUUCAGAUUAUCAAGCCUGCAUCCAUUCUGCAAGAACGUGAGGAGCAGAACCAGCAGGCUAUUGCUGCCUAUCUCAAAAAUGCCAAAAAGGAUCACUUGCGUAUUCUGGCUCGGCGACAGACCAUUGAGGAGCGCAAGGAGCGCCUUGAAAGCCUAAAUAUUCAGCGUGAGAAGGAGGAGCUGGAGCUGAGGGAGGCUGAGUUGCAAAAGGUCCGCAAGGCUGAGGAGGAGCGUCUCCGGCAGGAGGCCAAAGAGCGAGAGAAGGAGCGCAUCAUGCAGGAGCAUGAGCAGAUCAAAAAGAAAACAGUGCGUGAACGACUGGAGCAAAUUAAGAAGACCGAACUUGGAGCCAAGGCUUUCAAGGACAUUGACAUUGAGGACUUGGAGGAGCUGGAUCCUGACUUCAUUAUGGCCAAACAGGUGGAACAGCUGGAGAAGGAAAAGAAGGAACUCCAGGAGCGUCUCAAGAACCAGGAGAAGAAGAUCGACUACUUUGAGAGAGCAAAACGCCUUGAGGAGAUUCCUCUGAUCAAAAAAGCUUAUGAGGAGCAGCGUAUUAAAGACAUGGAACUAUGGGAGCUUCAGGAGGAGGAGAGGAUCAGUAACAUGAAAGUUGAACGGGAGAAGGCUCUCGAGCACAAGCAGCGCAUGUCUAGGAUGAUGGAGGACAAAGAAAACUUCCUAUCUAAAAUAACUGCUGCCCGUAGCUUCAUUUAUGAGGAAAAACUGAAAGCAUUCCAAGAGCGUUUGGUGGAGGAGCGGAAAAAGCGUCUGGAAGAAAGGAAGAGACAGCGCAAAGAGGACAGGCGUAACACUUACCACCGCCAGAAAGAGGAAGAAGCUCAGCGCAUCCACGAAGAACAGCUCAAGAGAGAACGCGAGGAGCGUGAACGCCAAGAGCAAGAACAGCGAGAGGAGGAGGAGAGGGAGUACCAGGAGCGUCUCCGCAAGCUCGAAGAACAGGAACGGAAACAGCGAGCUCGUCAGCAGGAGAUCGAGGAGCGGGAGCGCCGUCGGGAGGAGGAGAGAAGAGGCCAACCAGAGGAGAAACCCAAGGAAUGGCCCGAAAAGGAAGAGGGUGGAUGGCGUAAGCGCACCGAGGGAGGAGAUUCAGAAUGGCGUCGCCCCGUUCCUGACAGGGAAUGGAGACAGGAGGGUCGUGAUGAGGAGAGAGAGGACAAAGAUGGGCCCUUCAGGAGAGCAGACGGUGCUCGCAGAGGCGGAGAAGACAGAGGACCCCGCCGAACCUUCGAUGAGGAUAGAGGCCCCCGUCGUGGUGCCGAUGACGACCGUCCUCCACGUAGAGGGAUGGACGACGAUCGUGCUCCACGUAGGGGCUUUGAUGACGACCGUGGCCCAAGGAGGGGUGGAGAUGACGACCGCGGUCCCAGGCGUGGCUUUGAUGAUGAUCGUGGCCCCAGACGCGCCUUUGAUGAUGACAGAGGGCCUCGCAGAGGCAUGGAUGACUCAAGAGGUCCCAGGCGUGGAGCUGAUGAUGACUGGGGCCCCAGACGAGGAGGGGGAGAUGAUGACAGAGGUGGAAGGAGAGGCAUGGAUGAUGGGCCACGUCGUGGUGGCGAUGACGCCAAACCCUGGAAACCAUUGGGCAGACCUGGUGGCUGGCGAGAGAGGGAGAAAGCCCGUGAGGAGAGCUGGGGACCCCCACGCGGUGGUGCUGAUGAAGAUGGUGAGGAUGGUGAGGGAGAAGAAAGAUCUAGCGACCGCUUCAGGGACCGUCGUCCACAGAGAGAGGAGGGUGGUGUCUGGAGGAGAGCAGGCACAGAGGAAGGAAGCAGCUGGAGGGAAUCUCGCAGAGAGGAUGCUGAUCGUGAUGAUCGCCGUGGUGAGCGUGAUGAUCGCCGAGGCGAAGGCCGCGGUGAGCGUGAUGAUCGCCGCGGUGAGCGCCGUGAUAGAGAACGCCGGGAUGACCGUGAAAACAGAGGCCCUCCCAGAGAUCAGGAUGAUGGAGGUUCCUGGCGUCGUGGGGGUGAUGAAAGGCGGGAGGAGAGGCCCAGGGAGCGGGAGCGUGACACUGAAGGAGAUAAGGCUUGGCGUACUGACAAGGAAAACCAGCGUCGCACCAAGAAUGAGACAGAUGAUGAUGGCUGGACCACUGUCCGUCGUUGAGCAACAACCUUUUAUAUGAUAAAUUGGGAAUAAUAUCUUGUUUUCCAUCAGCAAAUUAGCCACAGCAGUGAAUAAUGACUACAUACUCAUGCUAUAUUUUCCUUGAAUUAAAUAUUUGUAGACUGUAGAUUUUCUGGGGAUGUUUUUGUUUCUUAGUUUUAUUUUGACUUUGAGCAGUUCUGGCUGCCCAACACUCGAUGAACUUGAGUGAACCUGGGCCUCAUGCAAACCAUUACUCUCAACAUGACUGCCCCCAGCGGUUAGGAGUGUUAUUACCUACAGUGACCAGUUCACCUGCUAAAACUUCCAGUGCAAACUUUGUUUCCCCAACUGGCUCUUUUAAACAACACAAUGACAUAAAUGUCAAUUUACGACCAUAGAUCCACCACUCUUAUAGCAGUGGCUAUGAAUGCCACAUGCUUCAGCGAUCUCUGCUGCUCCUCUAAUGUUUCAGCUGCUUCUUAACUCGUAAGAAUUUCCAUUUUGAUGUGCAUGCAUAGAGUAUUCAAUUCUUGCUCCAUAGCCAGUGUGUGCUUCUGUCCUGCUGCAAUCAGUGGUACCAAACCAGGUUGCAUGUGUACAGAUAAAGCCUUUAUUAAUAAAGAUGUUUGCUCACCAA